AUGACUGGGGUACAUCAUGGGCUGGGCUUGUUGCUGGUGCUGCUGCCCACAGUCUCUGCCUCCUCGACGGGCACUGUGGUCCGAAUCAACAGGGCGGCACUGAGCUACGUGUCGGAUGUUGGGAAAGUCCCUCUCCAGCGGGCCCUGAAGGUCAUCGUUCCGCCCUUGCUGGACUGGCGUGGUGAGAUGCUUCAGCCCACCAGGAUCCAGAUUCUGGAUGUCCGUGUGCCCCACCUCGACCUGAAAUUCAUUGCUGGUUUUGGGCUACGUCUGAUGGCAACAGCCAACUUUACCAUCAAGGUCUUUUGCAUCCCUGAACCUCUGGAACUGGUGCUGCCCAUGACACUGACAGCAGAUGCCCAUGUGGCCCGGGGUCCCAUCAGGACCCCUGUGGUCAGCAUCUCUACCUGUUCACCACUCUUUAGUCUGGCCAGCGUGCUCAAUGGCAGUAACAGUACCUCCCCCUUGCUGCUGGUCCUGGUGCAGAAGCACAUUAAAGCCGUCCUGAGCAACAAGGUGUGCCUGUGCAUCUCUAACCUGGUACAGGACCUCAACAUCCGCCUGGGCACUUUGAUUGGCCUUAGCCCCGUGGGUCCUGAGUCCCAGAUUCGCUACUCCGUGGUCAGCGAGCCCAUCAUCACUGAUGACUACAUUGCCUUGGAUGUUAACGCUAUCCUCUUCCUGCUGGGCCAACCUAUCGUCCUGCCACUGCAUUCUGCCUCUUUCGUGUUACCCUGGCCUGUGGGCACUGAGGGUGUCAUGGCAACCGUGGGCCUCUCCCAGCAACUGUUCGACUGUGUGCUGCUUCUGCUGCAGAAGGCUGGCGCCCUUAACCUGGAUGUUACAGGGGAGCUGAAUUCCGAUGACAAUCCUCUGAACACCUCUGCACUUGGCCGGCUCAUCCCUGAGGUGGCCCGCCAGUUUCCCAACCCCAUGCCCCUGGUGCUCAAGGUACAUCUGGGUGCUACGCCUGUGAUCACAUUCCACACUCACAAUGCCACACUGCGGCUGCAGCCCUUUGUGGAAGUCCUGGCUACGUCCUCUAACUCGGAUUUCCAGUCCCUCUUCUCCUUGGAGGUGGCAGUGAACCUGAGCCUGCAGCUCUCGGUGUCCAAGGUGAAGCUCCGGGGUGUCACGUCUGUGCUGGGGGACAUCCGGCUCAUGGUGGCUGCCUCCAAUGUGGGCUUCAUUGAUGUGGAGCAGGUACACACACUUGUGGGCACCCUGUUUCAGAAGCCACUGCUGGAUCACCUCAAUGCUCUCCUGGGCAUGGGAAUUGCCCUCCCCAGUGUGGUUAACCUUUACUACACCAACUCUGAGGUCUUUGUGUAUGAGGGAUACGUCGUGAUAUCCAGUGGACUCUUCUACCAGCGCUAA